AUGCCCGAGCUUCGAAUGGGAAGCCGAUCCAUCCACGGUCGAACCCAGUCGUCAACUACGAUUCAAUCUUCUGCCAGCCAGGGGAGAAGCACCGGUGGCGCGAGAGGACAAAGCAUGAGCAUGGGAGACGAUGAUGCUCAACGUGGUGCUGCAAGCCCGUCCCAGCCAACCUCAUCAUCAUCACAGCCAUUGGCUUCGCCCGCACAGUCGCAGUCGCAGUCGCAGUCGCAGUCGCAGUCGCAGUCGCAGUCGCAGUCGCAGUCGCAGUCGCAGUCGCGCCGCUCCUCCCCCAGCGUCCCGAACGCUACCGCAUCGCCAGCGUCUCCCACCGGCGUCCGCGAAGACGGCGGUCGCCGCAGCCUCUCGUAUGCCCUCCGGCCAUCCGCUCCGGCGUACUACGACUCCCGCGCUGCCACUCGUUCAGAGUACCGACGGCGCGGUCGAACGCUCCAAGAAUACUACGACGACCAUCCUCUGCUCUUGCCGCAGCUGCCCUUUACGUGGCGUCAUGGCUGGCGGCGCUGGCGCCUCUUCCUGUUUGCUUUCCUCGUCUUUGUCGAUGCGUCGGCCGUCCCCAUUGCCUUGUACUACGGCCUCACGUACGCCGGCCGCGUCCAGGGAUGGAUCAUCUUUGCAGUUGUUACCACCAUCUGGGGGGGUCCGACCUAUCUCGAGUUUGGCGUACGCACGAUACGUCUCAUGAAGAAGUCCAAGUUCUUCCGCCCGCUGGGCACCGAUUCCCGCUGGUGUUUCGACAUGUUGACCUACACAAGCAUCACCAUCAUGACGGCUGUCACGGCGUUGUUUGUGGUGGGAAGCGCGCCGCAUAACGUGUGGCUGAGAGUGCUCUGCAUGCCGGCACCAGCCAUCCUGUACUGCUUGGGAGGAAUCAUGGGCCUGAUUAUGCUCUGGAACCUGAUGGGGUGGAAGGCGCCGUUUCGCAUCAGCUCCACAGCCAAGGGAGAAGCCGUCCUGCCGGCGGCAUACUACUUCAUCGAAGACGUGGUUGCCGUCAAUGCCGGAGCUGGCCGUCCGUAUCGCGAAGCCCUUGCCGCGAGGUACAACGCCUCGCCCCGAUUCCAGCGCAUGCUGCAUAAACAAUCUUUGUUCUGGUUCAUCCCGGCCUUGAUCCUGGCUGUUGCCCUGACCGUGGUGGCGCUUCAUCCAAGCGUCCCCGCCACGGGGGCAUACGGCGUUUGCUGGGCUGUGCCUUUUCUAUGGUGUAGCUUGUGGGGAGGCAUUACUGUGUGGUGGUGUAAACGGGAGAUGGUGAGGGAGAGGUUGGAAUGGGAGGAGAGGAACGGCACGGCUGAUAAGGAGGCCCGCCGUAGCACAAGGACGGAUGCAUCUGGCUCUGGCUCUGGCUCUGGAUCCGGCUCCCGGGAGGCUGUUGCGCUGGGCGACAGGUCGACGACAGAGGGUGCAGACGCUGCUGUGUAA